CCUUUUCCUCCCAGGGUAGAGGACGUGCCUUUUGCACUGUACUGAACGGCACUGCACUGAACUGCACAGAGUGCAGGCUCAGGGCUCGUCAGGGGUUGGCGACCCUGGUCCUGCAGAGCUGCAGGGUGUGCUGCUUUUUGGUUUUGCCUGAAUAAUGAGCGACCGAUUCAGACCCCCCAGGUGAAGUCAGACUACAAAAAACUUCAAUCGGGGCGUUUCUUCUGCACCGGACCCUGGAUACGCUGCAAUCAUUGGGUCCGGGAUCUACUAUUUUGUCUGCAGACCCAGAAUCCUUUGCGCGCAGUCAUGGCUGGCCUGUUAAAGAAGACCACGGGCUUGGUGGGCCUGGCCGUAUCCCAGAAUCCACACGAGCGACUGAGGGUGCUCUACACCAAGAUCCUGGCCUCUGUGCAAAAGAUGCCCCAGGACGCUGCUUACCGCAAGUACACGGAGGAGAUCGUCAACGAGAGGAUGAACCACGUCCGAACGGAGUCUGAUGUCCAGAAGCUGGAGCAGAAGAUCAACUGUGGGCAGAUAGAGGAGGUCAUUUCACAGGCAGAAAGCGAGCUGUUUCUCUCCAGGAAGAUGCUGGAGUGGAAACCAUGGGAACCCCUGGUUGAGGAAGCCCCUCCUAAUCAAUGGAAAUGGCCGAUUUAACACACGAAGUACUGGGGAUACGAAAUGUUCCUAACCGCAGUGUUCUUCCCAGUCUUCAUGUGGACAGUCUGUAAAAGAAGUCAUUUUGAGUCUUGUAAAUAUGAAUAAAUGUUGAACUACCUA